GACAUCAGAAAUAUAAAUGUAACUAUUCUACAAAAUUUGACAACACUUUCUAAAUCGUCUGAAAAUUUAAAAAAAGAUUUUAUACAAUUUGUUAAAGAUUUUGACAUUUACUCAAAUCGUUCUUUUCUUGAAAAUACGCAACUUAAAGAUAGAAUAGACAACCAGGAAGAGCUUUUAAAAGAGUUAGAUUCUGACAGCAAAAGCUUGGAACAUGACAUCAGAAAUAUAAAUGUAACUAUUCUACAAAAUUUGACAACACUUUCAGAAUCGACUCAAAAUAUAAAGAAAGAUUUUAUAAAAUUUGUUAAUAAUUUUGACAGUCACAGAAAUCGUGUUUCCGUCGAAAUGUCAGAAAUUGAAGACCAAACAGACAAUCAUGAUCGAACAUUAAAACUGCUUAUCUCUGGUAGUAGAACCGUCGAAAAGGAAAUUAAAACUUUAAAUUUAACACUACGAGAUAAUUUUAAAAAGCUUUCUUACGAGACUAAAAAUUUUAAAAUUGAUUUUACCAAUUAUGUCAAAACAUCAGAAAUUGAUAAUCUCAAAAAGGUGUAUAAACAAGCCCACAAUGAUAUAUUAUCCAUGAACCAAACUUUGAAAAAUACUACAGACUCUUUAAAAAUAAAGUAUGAGAAAGAGUUUGAUAAUUACAAGAAAAUAUUUGAAAAUGCUAAGAAAGAAAUCGACGAUACAUUAAGGUAUAAGACAUCAACUAUUCAAAGUCAGGUCGACAAUCUAGUCCAAAUGAAUAAGGAGCUAACGAAUGAGAAUAAGAAGUUAAAACAAUUAUAUAACCAACUAGAGGGCGAGAUAAGAUACGCGCAAAAUAUUAGGAAAGCCUUAAGAAGUUCAGCAAAUAAUCUUUUCCAUGUGUCCAGCUCACACUAUGAGCGCAGAUAUUAUCUGUAUAAAUCUAAAGAAAUCAAUAACUUUAGAAUUGCCCAGAUUGUGUGUCAUGUAUUCGGGGGCUAUCUGGCAGAGAUGGACGACUGGAGUGAAUUUAAAUUCGUGAAAACUUUUCUUUCUUCGCAUGACUCCUGCGCCUCGAAAACAUCUAUUAUGAUAGGAGGCACCGACGAAGACCAGGAAGGUCGCUGGGUGCACAUGUCUAGUGGAACUCCUGUUGUACAAUUAUUUUGGGGAACUAGUGAGCCUGGAGGGGGCAGAGAAGAGAAUUGCCUGGCCAUCAAGGAGUGUCGUGAUCUACACGAUUACCCUUGCUAUCCCAAGAAGUAUUAUGUUAAGACAUUUUUAUGCGAAGUUCCGAAUACAUAAUUGUUCUAUUAAUUGUCAAUUAUAAAUUCUUCGGUGUAAAUGCCACAAUAAUAUAUGUUCAGAUCCUGUAAAAUAAAAUAAAUGCAUACAUAAUUCAAUUUUUAAUGAAGUGAACCUUCGUAAAUUUUAAUAAAAUGACAAAGCAGACGUUUAUUUUGGAAAUGUUCAUCUCGAUAGGAUAAUAAUGAAUAGCAAGGUUACAAAGAAAGUUUGUUUUCACUAAAAAUCAGAGGUGGCCCCCGUCGGAUCCCUAUCGGAUUCGCCAAUUGGCAAGGGAUAUUCAAGACGUGAUUUGUUUUGAUUGUCAAAAAUAUUUUUUUUUCUGUAAAAUAUUUUACAUAUUUCGGAUGUUCCUUCAAGGUAAUAGAUAUUCUACUUCCUAGUAUAAACAUCCCGCAUAACUUAACAAGGUUACAAAGACAGUUUGUAUGAAACACAAACUCAAAAUCGGCCCCCGAAGUUGAAAUUCAAAAGUCUUCACAGGAUUCUAACACGGGACUUCCAGUUUCAAGUGCUUUACCCCUCAGCCACAGCAUCUCCAUAUAUUCAUUUAGCGUACACUUUUAUUUUUUAAAAUAACAACUUUUAACCUUAUCCAUACAUACAAAAUAGCAUGUUAUAUUGUAAUAAAGAGAAACUAAAAAAGAUUUAUUCUUCUAACAAAAUUAGAUAAAUUGGCAACACGAAAAAAUUCUUGAACUUCUUUAAGCUACAAUUGUGUACAGAUGACAAGACUUUAACCUCGCAAAUAAAAAUUAAUAUCUCCAUUCUCAUUUGUCAUACAAACUAGACAUUGAUCUAGCAAGAUCUAGAUAUUGUUUUAGAUCUAAAUCUAGAUUCAAGAUCUAAUUCUCUAAAUCUAUAUCUAGAGUUCGAUCUAAGUCUAUAUCUAGAUUUAAGUCUAGAUCUAAAUCUAGAUAUAGAUAUUAUAAGUCUAGAUCUAGAUAUAGAAUCUUGGUAUAGAAUCUACUAUAUCUAGACUAGAACUCGUAUUAUAAAUAUAUGUAGAUCAUAGCUCUAUUAAGUCUUACUUAGACUGUCAAGUGUAGGCCCAUAUAAUGAGUAUACGUCAAAAUCUGCGCGCUAGAAAAGUAGUUCGUUAUUUUUAAAAUUCUUAAAAAAAAAUGACAUUUGAAUCAGUAUUCUAUUCAAUGAGUUAGUUAAUAAAUGGAAAAUGUAUUUGAUAAUGAUUCAUCGACACAUUUACCAUUGUGAGCUUAGAUGCAAAUGUUUAGCACCAAUGCGCGAAUCUAUGAAUGAAUCUUAAUUUAUUAAUGAAGAAGUCGGUGACAUUUUUUAAAAAAGUUAUCUCCUCUAACGUUUUUCAUUGAAAAAUGAUGUAAUUUUAAAAAAAUCUGCUUGCAUAUAUAAUUUAAAAAAUAAUAUGGCUCAUUUUUGGAAAAGAAAAAAGUAGCAGUUGCAUCAGAACUUUGAAUGAUCUAAAAUGUCAUAAUGCCCGAUUUUCAUUUUCUUUUCUAGUUUCUGAGAUCUAAACGGGACGGACAGACGGACAGAUACGUCACACAAAACAAACAGCUUCUUUUCCCCUUUCGGAGGCCGGUAAUAAAAAAAACAACAAAUUAAUAGCCUAUUAUUGAUAAAGAGAUAUAUUUCACUUUACGGCAUGACAACUACCGGAUAUUCACAAUAUGUCAGACAGCGAUUUUAGAUCAUCUUUUGGCAUUGAAUUGCAAUAAAAAAAAAAGAACAGGUAUCGAGCUUGUACUUCGGCAACGUCUGCUCGAGGUCCCAGCACAGUUACCAACAUAACUAUAAGCAUUUUCUUUUAAAUGGAUGGAACUAGAAUCAGGUUGUAGAUCUACCUAAACUAAACUUCUGAUUUAGCAAUCUUGAGAUCUAUAUGCACUAGAUCAGUGUUUCUCAAACUUUUGACCUAUGUGUACCCCUUUUAUAAUUUUUGUAACGCUGAGUACCCCUAGACCCCACUCAACUUUCUGGAUUUUAUGUUGUGUUAAUUUUAACUGUUUAAAUCAAGGAAUUAGUUGGUUCUUUAGCUCAUUUGCUUACUGUCCAAAUGCUCUGUUAUGUAUUUCAGAAAAUCAUCUUUAAUUUAGUAGCCGAAUAUUUAUUAUAAAUUCAUGAAGAGAUUGAAACGAGACUUUUUUCCAUUACCAACUUUCAUUUAAAAUCAAUUUAGUUGUGCAAUAGCAGCGUUACCGUCAGGCCAUGAGUUUUCUUUACCUUGUAGCGAUAAGUUGAGACAGUUUAAAUUAGAGAAUAUAUCUGCUAUAUAUUCUAUUUAACAAAUCUAUUUCUAGUCAUGCUAACAUUUUCUCAGCUCAGAUCUAUAAAUAAGAAAACAUUGAAGUUCAUACGUUUAAUCAUCGAUUUAGAAUGACCCACAGAGAAUGCUAACAAACUUCAUGGAAAAGAAUCUGUAAUGACUACACACAUACACAUACUUGUAAAAAAAAGUCAUGUAAUUAACAACUUUCAAGCUUUCAUCCAGAAUUUUCUAUAGAUCGAUGGACAUUUUACGUGCUGCCUGUGUGUUUGCAACAUUGUGUGGAUAUGACAUUUAGGACAACGUUGUGUGGAUGUGAGCUGGCGCUUCUAGAUCUAAUUUUUGACCUAAUUUUAUCUUUAUUUUAAUUUGUAAUUUAUAUAGGCCAGGGCUAUGAUGUUUGUAAUUUAGUGUCUUUUUAGUUUAUAUAGUUCAGUGCUGAGUAUAUUGUAAUUUCCGCUAUUUAUAACUUUCUGCUAGUUUUAGUCUUUUUCUGUUAUUUGUGUUUUACUCCUAGAGGAAAAGUAGUUUUUAAAAUAGUUAAUUAGUCUUAGAGCUGUGGAUGUUUUUUCCUAUUUUUUUGUCCCUGGUUAGUUCUGCUUAUUUUUGUUUUUGACAUUAGUGUUGGAUUGGUUGUUAUUUUUAAAUUUCAGUUUAUGUGCAGGUCUGUAAACGGUAUAGAGCCCCCAUAUAAGUUUAGAAUGCAAAUAACUUUUUAUCUUCCUUUUUGUAUUUUUGUAGGAUUUAAUUUUUAAGAUUCUCUUUUUAAUGCUGUUUAAUUUAGUAUAAACUGUUGUGUAGUCCGUGUCAGUAGAAAUUUGCUAGAUUUUAUUGUUGUGUACGGCUAGGUACAAAUUAGGGAAAUCGGUAGUCCAGUUUAACUUUAGGUAAUUAGCGUGACGUCAUGCUCUCCGAUAUGUUCGCGCUGACCAGUUAUAGCUAGCUACGGAACCACGUUAAGCUCUCUUUUGUCUUGACCAGUGGUCAGUGCGGACAGUGGUACCUGUAUUAAAUUAUUUUAGUGUGGUGUAAUUUCAGCUGGGACCGCCUGUAAGUUGGAAAAUGUUUUUAUUUUUACUCUCUUUAGUUUGUAUUUGUAUUGAUUGUUCCUACAUCUACUGUUAUAGUCUAGAUGUAGACUGAUUAGAGUAGUGGCGUCACUGGCUAGUUAAUUAGCCAGGAUUACCUCUGAUGGAACCGGAAGUUCCGUAGACUUGGGUAGCGUCACCCCCUUGCCUUAAUGAUCCCCUUAUUGUUUUUCUAUACUAUGUCUAUUUGAAAUAUUUUAUUAUCUUUUUGUUUCUAAAAGUAUUUUUAUUAAUAUUAUAAUAUUGUUAGGAUAAUGGCUUUAACAAACAAGUUGGCAGGUUCCUAAUUUUAAUUUUUUAAUGUAAAAGAUGGCUGCGUCCUACCCAAUGCUCCAUAAUGUAGGUAGUUCGAUAUCCGCGUAUAAACACCGGAAGUAGUAUUACAUUUUUUCAUAUACAAACUGCAUAGGUCCAAAACUAUUAUAUUUUGAAUUUCAUAGUAAAAUUAAAUUUUGCUAUUUUUUUGUACGAAAUUUGUGCUCAUUGUGACCUGAAAUGUUUAUAUUUUUAAAAGGCAUGUUCCGAUUAUUCCAGUGUUGGUUUGUUUUUAUUUGGUUGAAGAUCAAACAACUGCAUAUUUUGUUUUUAUGUUUGUCCAUUGAAUUAAUCCAGGUGCCAAACUUUAAAAAAAGAGGCAUUUAGGCGUUUGCUUAAAAAUGCUUAAUUGAUAAGUUAGAACCAUAUUUUCGACCUAAUUUAAUUAAAAAAAAGACUUACAGUGAAGUCCUCUCGAUUCACUCAAAUUUGUGCCCAAUUAUCGAUAGUUGACAUUUUUAGCACUGAACACUAUAUUUUAAAACAGAGUUGGCAAAAAAAAAAACAACUAUCCAUGAAAAAAGAGAUUUGUUAGAACAUAAAUACAGCCAUCACUGACAGUACAUAUUUAAAUCCAUCUCAAUCGGCCCCCUAUUUAUAACCAUCUAUGAUUUGAGUAAUUUAUUUUAAAAGCAUUUGAUUUAUCUACAUACAAAAUUAAUUAUUUUUUCAUAAGGUUAAAUAUUUUUUAAAAUUAUUCCAAUUCAAUAUGAAUUGAUAUUAUCUAAUAAGGUAGUUGUGUAAAAUUAAAAAAAAAAAUUCUUAGUUAUCGUUUAAAUAAGUUUGUACCAUUAGUAAUAUUCAUAGAAUUUAAGCUUUGUUUGCAUCACAUAAUUAUCAACUACUCUAAGUUAUUAUUAUUUCACUUUACUUUUUUUUACUACUAUUAAUUUUAAGUUUUUUUUUAUUAAAAAUAUUAUAUAGCUAUUAUAUUAAUAUAUAGAUAAAGUAUUAGAAAUUUGGAAUUAAAUUUGUUUUUCACAUUUAGUUGGAACAUCAAGGACACUUUACCCACCAUUAAAAAUGCUAGAUGCACCAUAUUUUCUAUUUAACUAUUUGAUUAAUGCUUUUGGUUGUCCUGUAAUAAAUUAUCAAACCAUGAUUAGUAAACUCCACUCAAUAUUUAAAUCAAACUAUACCUCAGUCUACACUGGACAUAUUAAUGUGACAGUUUCUCAUUAAUAAGGGAUUUAUCAGACCCAUCAGUGGGUAUAAAAACAAUGUUCUUCACUAUACAAUGAUUGGGCUGAAAGAAUCUUAGGUUUCUUAAAUUAUUAUCAUGAAAAACACCAAUUGCUAAAAGGCUAUUUUUAGAUGGUAAGACAAAAGUCAAGGGCAACAACGCUUGCAUUAUCUUUGCACUAAAAAAGAGAUGAGCAAGAGACACAUUUUCUUUUUGUUUAUCAAGAAAAAGAUGUGGGGAAAUUAUUAUGGAUUAAUUAAUUGAGAGAGGACAGAUGAGCAAGAAAUGAAAUGACAAAUGAAAUAAAAGCUGCUUUGAAAGACAUAGGUGUGCUUAUUCUUUAACACAUGUUUUGAUCAUAGAAAAUAUAUUGUUUACAAAAGCAAAUAAUCUAAGAAUCUGUGAGAUUCACGAUAUCCCACUCGAGAAAUUAUGAAAAUAAGAAUGAUGCUGAGAUUAUACUUGUUCUUUCAUUGUGAUAGUAUUUUACAUUUCCUUAAGUGUUUUUUAAAUUUUAUUUGAUUGAUUUGCUGAUGUGUAAGUGAUAAUAAGUAUGCUAUUUUAUUUCCAAAAAAACAACAUUUUUUGUAAUAAAAAAAUCUAUUUUGAUAAAUAAAAUAGAAUAUCUAGACAUUUUUUCUUAUAUAAAAUCAUGCAUAAUAUUAAUAUUUAGAAUGCAUGAUACCAAUUAUGUUCUUCAUUAACGUGUAAUGCAGAUUUGAUAUAGAUGUAAAAAUUAUUUACUUCAUGUAUAAAAAAUUACUUAAAAUCAAAGUAUUACUUUUUCAAUUUUUUAAAUAAUAAUCUCAGCAUAAUAAUUAGUUCAUACUUUAAAAGUAUAGGUACCAGGCACUUAACUAAAAUUAUUUUUUUCUCUUUUAAGAUUUAAAUCUUUCAAAAUGAAUUUUUAACAAACAUAAGUACUUUUUCAAUUACAAAUAGUGUUUUACUAUAUAUUCCUUAAGAGUACACUUUAAAUAAUAAUUAUUAAUCCUAUCAAUACAUUCAAAAUUAAUUCAUGUUACACUGUUUCACGCAAUAAAGAGAAACUCAAAACAAAAUGAAAAAAAAAAAUGAGGUUCAUUCUUGUUACAAAAUUAGCUCAAUUGGCAGCACAAUCAAAAAAUACUCUUGACCUAUUUCCCAGUUUGAUUCAACUUCCGGUAGUGAACAGAAAUGACAUGGAUCUCAAAAAUCUAAACUUUUCCCCUCUCAAAUAAAAAUUAAUAUCUCCCCUUCCACUUGUCAUACAAUGGUAAAUUUAGUAUGGUUGUAAAUAUUUUUCAAGCCCUUUUCAACCAUAUAGGUUUUAUUAGUAUAUUGUGAGUUUGAAUUUUUUUUAUCGAACUACCUACAUAAUGGCAGUUUGUUGAGUCUAGACCUAGAUUUAUGUUUUAUUGUAGUCUAGCCUGACCUGUGUUGGCUUAGACUUUGAUUUGAGUAUGUAUGGCUUUUAUUAGCUACAUGCAGGUAAUUGUAUUUACCUCAUGCAUUUAAGUAUGUGUAUGUGCUAGACUAGGUCAAGUUCAUUAUUAUUUUUUUAUGUUUAUAUUUGUAACUGCAGGCUAUAAUUCCUGCCUAACUGCUUUUACUGCUGUAGAGCUGCCGUUAUUGUUGCUGUAGUUCUGCCUAACUGCUUUUACUGCUGCCAUAGCUGCCGUAGUAAUUAUUGCUGUUGCUAGUAGCUUACUGUUGUAGUUCUGCCAAAUAGCUGCUUUAUUUGUUAGGUUCAGUUAAGUAGGGUUGAUUAAUCGUUUAGUAGUGUGUAUAUUUAUUUUAUUACUGUUUUUUUUGUAUCAUGUAAAUAAAGUGUAUAUACGUUUGUUUUGUAA